AUUUCUUUCUUUCUUUCUUUUUUUUUUUUUUUAUAGAUCAAUAUCAAGAAUGUUAUUUAGUAAAACAGUCUUGACUUCGUUGAUUGCGUCUUCCGUGUUAGCAGGUCCCGUUAGUAAGAAGAUUGAAGAGAUCCCGGUUCCCUUGGGUGCUCCAAUUGUUGCCAAAAGAGAUAUCAACUUAGAUCCCCAAGUUUAUAAACUUUCAAACUCUCUUCAAAAUGCUCUUUCUGCUUUAGGUAGUCUUGGAACUCCAGGCUCUGCCAAAGGUUCUGAAUCUUCAGGAUCAGAGCCUUCUGCCUCGGCUGGCCAAUCCCAAUCUGCUGCCUCAGUUACUGGUGCCGCCAACAAUAGCCUGAAAGGUGCCGCUACUAGUGGUCUGAUCGAUUUAGGUUCCUGGACAACUUCGAUCAAAUCAGUUAGCACUUCUGAUCCAACUGUUGAUCCAGGUGAUGUUUAUGAAACUUUAACAUCUCAAUUAUUAGGUGAUUUUUGGAAUUCUGAUCUGUCGAAUUUCAAUCUUAAUUGUGAUAAUACAGAUACUCCAGUAGUUUGGAAUGUUGCCGUUGCUGGUAAAGCAGUUAGUGAUGGUGGGAAUAGAGAUCAAAUUAAAAAAGUAAUGAACGCUUUGAGUCAAUAUAAAUCAAAUGACGCCGAUGGUUAUUCUGCUUCUACCGGUAAAGAUAAUGAUAUUUAUAUUGAUGAUGAUGCUCAAGUAUUAUGGGUAUUUAUCGAUGCUUAUAAAAAUUCAAUUUUUGAUGGCUUAAAUAAAGCCAGAAGCUUAAUGUCGUACAUUGAAAGUUAUAAAGAUAAAAAAAACGGAGGGGUUUUAUGGAGUGUUAAUGGAGAUUAUAUUGCCUCGAUCUCAACCUUAGAAGCAGGACUCGCAGCUGCUAGAUUGUUUGAAGUUACUUACAACAAUGAUUAUUUAGAUUUUGCUAAAUACUGUACUACUUGGACAUUAGAAAAUUUAUUAGAUACAAAUGAUAAGUUCAUUUAUGAUGGUAUAAGUGGGGACUCCGGCACUUUAAAUAAAGGUAAAUUAACAUAUACCAUUGGUGUUGCUAUUUCUACUUUAACUAUCUUACAAAAACAUGAUGGUUCUCAAAAUUGGAAAUCUUAUGCUGUUGAAUUAGCAGUUAGAUUCAUGGGAGGUGGUCAAUUGAACACUCAAUUCUUCUCCGAUGGUCAUAUCAACGAUCAAAUCAGAUACUCCCACUUAUUAUUUGUUGGUUUGGUUGAUUUGAUCGAAGAUUCAAACCCAAGUGGUUCUUAUGAGCAAAGUGCUUAUUCUGCCAUUAAGAAUUUGGUCGUUAGAGAAGCAAGGUACUUAUACGAUAAGCAUAAAGACGGUGCCAUCAGUAAAAAAUGCACUGACGUUACUGAUUUACUCGAUUUUGGUAGUUUAACUCAAAUUUUCUAUCAAGCUAGCAGAGUUGCUAGCGAAAUUUAGAGCAAAUACUUUAAAAGUUUAUUCUACUCGGUUAUUCAACUCUUCUCUUUUUCGGUUUCACGUUGUUUUCUUUUUAUAUAUCGAUCAUGCGCUGGAUGCAUGAGCUCUUCUAAUAAACAAGCCUGGG